AUGGAAGCCACCCUAAAAGACCCCAACUGAAAGCCCCAUUACUCCUCCUACUGUGAAAACCAAGAAGAAGUCACUGCUCAAGAGGAAUAUAGCCCGGACGGCACACUAAACAAAGAGGAGUUCGGAGAGUCCGGAGAGACUGAAAUUUAUGGUGCAGAAGAGGAUGAGUGCGAAGAAGGUGAGGAAGUGGAGCAUCAUAGAGACUCAGGAAGAUAUCAGGAGGAAGAAGAUGAAGGUGAAGAUUGGGGAGAUAAUGAUGAUUAUGGAGGAAAUCAGUACUGUGAAUACUGAGUUGAGAAGGAUAAAGUGAUAAAAAGACUAGAGGAGAAGGUAUCUUUUGAUAAACAAACUUUAACUGACAAAAAUAAAAGAAUUUCACAUCUUCAACAGGUUGUUAAUUGUCUGAAUAAUGGAGAGUAUACUCCCAGAUGAAUGCAAGGUAAGGAAACUUAUGACCAACUUAAUGAGAAGUUGGAACAAAAACUUGGAAUUAUUGCUGAAUUAAAAUGAGAAAUCUCUGUAUUGAAAAAUAAUGAAAGCAAAGCAAACUUUUCUCAGCUUAAAACUAAUUGGUUAUUACGUCAGGAAAAAGAAGAAUUAAAGAUGCAUCUUUAUAAUCUUGAAUUAAUCAAGAAGAGAUUAAUACUCUAAAAAUUUCAAAUGCUAAUGAGCAGAUUAAAAAUCUUACACAACUUAAUCAGCAGCUUUCUGAUCAGGUCGAUAAAGUGACAGAAGAGAGUAAGGAAUUUCAGGAAUUAUGACAUGCUAAAACAGUUCUACUAUCUUCACUCAAAAAGCCUGCUUUACCUUCAAAACCAGUGAUGGUUGACGGCAAAUAUGAUUACAAAGAAUUGUUUACACAGAUCAUACUGAGGCUGGACCAAUCCUUAGAAUGCCCAAUUUCUUUCGCACCGAUUACAUCUCCUGCAAUCUGCCCUUCAGGGAAAACCAUUGAUAAGAGCGUCUUCAUCAAGCUUUCGCAGGGUGAUAAGAGAGACCCAUUCACAAACACAGACCUCCUCGGAGACCUGGUUGUUAACAGAUACAUGACUGAAAUCAUGAGCAUUAUCGAGGAGUUUAAGACCAAAAGUAAUUUUUCAAUAUAAUACACUCG